AUGCUCUGUUGUAUUGAUUCUUGUUGGCCUGCAGAAGAAUGCGAGAAAGGGAAACUGGAUGACAAGACCAAGAAAAAGAUCCGAGAUGGAUGCGUCUUGCUGCGAGAUGCUUAUGAAGGCCGAGCUUCUCACGGUCUUUACUCGCUCCUAAAGGGCCCUGCUUACAAGCGAGCGCUCUUCAUUAUUCACACUCAUCCCAUGUGGAUGAAUGUUGUGAUCUGGGCAAGCAUCAUUCAUGCAAGCUUGAUCAUCUGGGAACCGCCAAACAGAUUGAGCUCAUGGCUUGAUCCAACCUUGGACCCAAUCCCCAUCAUUAUCCUUGAAGUUCUGUGCAUGGGAGUGUUCGUGGCAGAUAUAGUUUUCAAGAUGCUCUACUUCGGAGAUGAAAAGGUGUCGGGAUGGCAGGAUUACAUCUCCAAGGAAUGGCAGAGGAACUACAUGACGAUCAUCUUCUUGUUUCAUGUCGACUUUGUUCUCUAUCACACAAAACUUUGCCCUUUCCGGUUUGCUAGACCUUUCAGGCUGACGGUGCUAGCGGCCAGACAUCGGGACGUCAGGAGGCUGAUUUCGUUCUUUCCAACGAUGUGCGUCAAGCUUGUGACUGUGUUCUUCCUCCCCCUGCUGGGCGUUCUCGCAUUCUUCAGCAUUCUUUGCGUGCGGAUCUAUGGCAGGCUGCCAGCUGAGCACUCGCUGGAUCUUGGGGAGGACUCUUUCAGCUCUGUCAUGCCCGCAAUCCGCACGCUGUUCCUCCUCUCCACCAUCGACAACUUUGACCCGGUGGUGACGGAGGCGUACAAGCAGCACCCUGUCUCCUUCUUCUUCUUCCUUGCCUUCAUCGUGUUCGCAAGCUUCUUCCUCAUGUCCGUGGCCCUUGGGGUCAUGUUUGAUCUCUACCUGGAAGACCACGAGAAGACGGUCAAGGCGGAGGCAAAGAAGGAGGAGAAGUCGAUGGCCAAGGCUUUCCAAAAACUGGACGUGGAGGAGCAGGGCAAGAUCAAGUGGCUUCACUUCCGAGAGAUGUUGGUGCAUCUCCGACCUAAAGAUCGCAACGUCAAGCACGACAUAGCCAUCUUCAAGGAGCUGACAAGGGACAUGAUCCUCAGAGGAGAGGAGCCCCACAUCAACUCUACAAACUUCAGGGACAUCAAGGGAUUCCUGCCGUACGAAACAGCAAAGCCUGCAUCGAGCCUGCAGAAGUUCACCGAGUUUUGGGAGUACAUAAUCAUCAGCGUCGACUCAAUUCUUAUUUUGAGCGGAAUGGACAGCAUGAAGGUCAACGGCAUAAAGUUGGGAACGAUCUUCUUGUCCUUCUUCAUCUGGCACCUCAUUGUCCUCGUCAUUUUCGACUUCUCCUUUGCGAGGAAGUACUGGAAUGUAGACUGGAGAAGAGGAGAUAGCAUCAUCCUUCUCAUCUCUGUCGUCUGCCAUGCGUGGGUCAACUUCAAAUGCCAGAGUUGCCGUCCAUCAUUCAAGUGCCUUCUCGAAGCCGUGGCUGUGAUCAGAAUCUUCCGUCCUGUGCUUCACAAUAGAGAAAGCCGACAGUACAUGCUGGCUGUGCUCGGAGUGGGUCCGGUGCUCCUGCACUUUGGGCUGUUGGUGGCAACAUUCAACUACAUGUUCUCUGUCAUCGCAAUGGAGAUGUUUGCCUUGGACCCCGUCACGACGACUGGACCUGAGGGGACUCGCCUCCUCCUCGCCUGCGACAAGGAGCUGCCCAACUUCAACUGCUUCUCCACCGGCUCGCUCUCCAUCUUCAUGGUGUUCAUUGAAGCUGGAUUCGGUGUCGUUGCCGCAAGGUCAUGCAUGCGAGACAAGCUGAAAAGUCUCUUCCCCCGCUCAACUCCUUGCAAACGGCUGGGAUCAACCUCUACUUUAUCAUGGUCUAUGCGGUAG